UGUCAGUCGUGCGUCGUCCGUCAGUGUUUCUGUUUAUCGUAAACGCGAAAAUGGCGACGAUGGAAGGUUCAUUGAGUAAGUGGACAAAUGUCAUGAAAGGUUGGCAAUAUCGGUGGUUUGUUUUGGACGACAAUGCAGGCAUUCUUUCAUACUACACGUCGCGGGAGAAAAUGAUGCGAGGGGUGCGUCGGGGUUGCGUCAGACUGAAGGGGGCUGUCAUCGGAAUAGACGACGAAGACGACAGCACCUUCACCAUCACCGUGGACUCCAAGACAUUCCACUUCCAGGCCAGAGACGGCGAGGAGAGGGAAAAGUGGGUGAGGUGUCUGGAGGACACGAUACUGCGGCACGCCUACGGCUACAAGAGCUCUGGCUCGUUAAGACUUGACACCGUAAAGCCAGCUCCAACUAUUCAAGAUUUUGACAAGAAACUAGCCGAAGCAGAUGCCUACCUACAGAUUCUUAUUGAUCAGAGCAAAGCUCUGGAGCUGAGGAUGGAAGGAUUGUCCGAUGCAGAUGACAAAGUCAGAUGUGAAGCAAUAUGGAACCAUGCCAACAAUAUGCUGGAGCAGGUGAAACACACCAUUGUUCUCCUACAGAUAGCCAAGAACACAGCUUUUCCAGUCAAUGGAACUUACCAGCCUGUCUCAGUGCCUGAUUCCUCGCCUAAAGCCAUUUCUCCAGGUUCUCUAUUGCCGUCCGAAGUACAACCUGGUAUAGAGCUAGGUUCUGAGUGUGUUGAACCUAGAAUUCCCAUGAUGCAAAGUCUCCCAAUGAUGCCUGUUUUUGGAUCUGGUCUCAGCUCCACAUCGCCUAUUCCUGUGUUAAAUGUUCCCGAGACGUCGUAUUCUAGUUCCGAAGAGGAAGAUUUCUACGAUGCCAACGAUAACAGCGAACUUGCCUCGGCCACCUCUUCCCCCACCACCGUCCGAACUGAGCCGUUGGCGUAUGAGGGGGUGGGGACGAGUGGAGAGGGUGAGACCCAAUCAGAAAGGAGAGAUUCCCCCUCUACACCACCUGCAGGAGCUGUCGUACCUCGGACUCAACCUUACUCCUCAAACUUCCUCAAACAAGACGGGACACUCGACUAUGAUGCCUUAUAUGAAGAUCCGAAUGAAACGGACAUAUCAAUGGAGAGCCAGGGGUCCGUGGUGACACAUUUACUGAGUCAAGUCAAGAUAGGUAUGGACCUUACCAAGGUAGUGUUGCCAACCUUCAUACUAGAGAGGAGAUCGUUACUAGAAAUGUACGCAGACUACUUCGCCCACCCGGAUAUGUUUGUAGGGAUUGCAGACCUAGAUUCGGAGAGAGAUAGGAUGGUCCAGGUAGUGAGAUGGUAUCUAGCCUCCUACCACGCGGGCCGCAAGUCUUCAGUAGCCAAGAAACCAUACAACCCAGUACUGGGUGAGGUGUUUCAGUGUUACUGGGAUUUGCCCGAGACACCUCCAGAGUCUCAUGAACCCAUGGUGGAAGACGGACCUAUCCCUUGGUGUCGCAGGGAUCAACUCACAUUUGUAGCGGAACAAGUCUCUCAUCAUCCCCCAAUUUCGGCCUUCUACGCAGAACAUUACAACAAAGGUAUCAGCUGUCAGGCCUAUGUCUGGACCAGGUCCAAGUUCCUCGGUCUGUCUAUCGGUGUCCACAACAUUGGUAGAGGGAUGGUCAAUGUAAUGAAGUACAACGAGCAGUACACAUGUAACUUUCCCAACGGCUACGGAAGAUCCAUUCUGACAGUGCCAUGGAUAGAGCUGGGUGGUUCUGUGGCAAUAGACUGCGAGAAGACCGGUUACCAUGCCAACAUAGAGUUCCUCACUAAACCGUUCUAUGGUGGCAAGAAACAUCGUGUUACCGCAGACGUAUAUGCGCCUAACGAGAAGAAGCCAUUCCUUACCAUCGCCGGAGAAUGGAACGGCAUCAUGGACGCCAAGUGGUCUGACGGGAGGUCAGAACAGUUCAUCAACGUAGACAGAUUACCAAUAAUAAAGAAAAUAGUCCGUCCAGUCGAGCACCAACGGGACAAUGAGUCUCGGAGGUUGUGGAAAGAAGUCACGGCUGGUCUCAGGUUAAACAAUGUAGCUCAUGCAACCAAUGCCAAAGGAGAAAUUGAACAGAGACAGAGGAUAGAGGCCCAGAGAAGAAAAGAGGCCGGCGUAAUGUGGCAGACAAAGCUGUUCAGUCCAGGGGAAGGAGACGAGUGGCUCUACAACAGUCCUCUAGAGAAGCGAGUCAACCCCAGACGAUAGUUUCCGCUCGUCUGUCGCGCCAGUACCUGAACGGCCCAAGGCCAUUGUCGAGAGGCUUUCCGAGCUAAAUUGCUACGUUGUUAUCUUAAGCUAUUUCGAACCAAUAAGAGGGAAACAAUAUACACCUUGGUAUUUAUACAGAUUCGGCACAAUUUUUGAAAAUUAUUUACCGGUUAAUCGAUUGAUUUUUAAGUGAAUAAAAUUUGUUUCCACAAGUAACUAUAUUUUUGUAUUUGUUUCUGACACUACCCCGGUAUCGUAGUUUGAUAGACAAUCGCUUACCUUUAGCUUUACUACAUAGUCUGUUGAUUAGUCUACAUGAGUCUAUUUUUUGCACACGUUAUUGUAGAUAAAACUCGGAAUUUGUGAAAGUUGUAAAGUUUAUUGUCCAAACGCUGUUUUGUAUGAAAUAUUGUAUAGUAAAUUUAAGUUGUAAGUUCAAUAUCGACUCAAGUAUUUUAUACUGUUAAAGCUCUUGGCUUGUGUGAAUCCACCCGUUACGACGAAUUAUCGAGACUGUUUUAUUAGUAUUUUCUAAUGACCCUCGCUUUAAAACUGUUCUUUUUGUACUAGCUUAUAUCAAUAUAAAGUUUUCAUUUCUUUUCCAACGGAAGUAGAAUUAAACCUAAAUCUGCAUGAAAGGUAGUCAGUAGACAUAAACAACAUAUUUUACCAACUGAAAAUAUGCCAAUGCUUUUGUACAUUCCUUGUUUUCUAUAUUGUUUUCCUUUAAAGGGGCUUGAUGGACUUUUGAAGUGUCAAGUCAUGUAUCAUAACAUUGUUAAAUUUGUAUUUUAACCAGCUGCGUCUUGUGUGAUGUAGAUCAUUACAUCAUGGAAGCCAUCAGAAAUAGACCAGAUUUGUGAUUACAACUAUUAUUAUUACUUUGUUAAAUCGGUGCACCAGACAUCUGAGUUUUUGCAUCUGUGCUUGUUUUUAAUACAAAGUAUUUCUGUGUUUUGUACCUUUGAAGUAAUAAAGAGCUUAUAAUUUAAGCUGCUUGUAAAUAAAUUUAUAAUGAAAAUUAAAAUAUUAAUAUAUUAAAGUCUUGCCAAAAGAU